AUGUUGAACGUCAUUGCUAUCGUAUACUUGGCACUCCUCGGCACGGUGUAUUCUGCCGUUACACCCACUGGACCCGGUCCGAAUGAAAUUUUCCGAGAAGGCCAGCCAUGCAAGAUUUCUUGGAACCUAGACACCAGCAACAAAUGGAAAAGCUUUUCGGUCGACCUGAUGAGCGGCUCCAACUUCAACAUGAACGUUGUCAAGAACGUCUUCAAAGGAAUGGACGGGACCAAAGGCCCAGCCUCGUACUCCGCGCCUUGCUCCAAAGUCACCCCGAACUCUGCGAUUUACUUUUACCAAUUUAACCAGGCAGGCGAAGAACCUGCUUGGACGACAAGGUUCACGAUCGCCUCUCUGGCCGGAAAAUUCACUGCUCCUGCGAAUGCCACGCAACCGGACCACAAACCCAUCCCUUGGGGAGUUGCUGCACUGAGUUAA